GUUAGGUUAUGAACUCACGUGUUCAUUUUGAAACAAUUUGAGCAUUUUUUAAUUUGUAAUUACAAUUUUUUUUAUUUAAAUGUAAUAAUGUUAUAUCAAAAAAUGUAAAAAUUAAUGAUUUAUAUUUAUUUUAUAAUAUAAAUUUUAUAUUUAGCUUAAUAAUAUUAAUUCUUAGCUUAAUAACAUUAACUUCUUUUAUUAACAAUUAUUGUACAAAAUAUAUUAAAAUGGGACGAAAAGCAAAAUUUGAUGAAACAAAUGUUUCAAGUGGUCAUGGAAGAAAAGCAAAAAAACAAGGAGAUCCAACAUUUCCAAAAGGAAUAUUAGUGAAAGAAGAAAAGAAAUUAAGUCAUAGACAAAAGCAACGUGCAAGAAAAAGAUUAUUAAAGAAACAAAAUAUAAAAGAAAAAUUAAAGGAAUUACAAAAAAAAAAAAAUGAGAAACUAAAAAACAUUAUUGAUGAAAAUAAUAUAAAAAAUAGCACACAACAAUUAAUAAAAAUAAAAAAGAAAUCUUUUAAAGAUAAGCUGCUUACAAAUAGCAAUUCAAAUGAUAAAAAUGAUCAAAUGCAAUUUAAUAAUGAAAACAUAAAGCAAUUAGAAAUAAAAAAAAAGAAAUCUCUUAAAAAAGAGUUACUUAUAAAUGGUAAUUCAAAUAAAGAAGAUAAUCAAAUGCAAUUUGACGAUGAUAACAUAAAACAAUUAAGCAAAAUAAAGAAAAAGAAAUCUCUUAAGAAAAAACUACUUACAAAUGACAAUUUAAAUGAAGAUGAUCAAAUGCAGUUUGACCGUGAUAACAUAAAACAAUUAAAGAAAAUAAAUAAAAAAAAAUCUUUUAAAAAAGAAAUGCUUACAAAUGGUAAUUCAAAUAAUGAAGAUGAUCAAAUACAAUUUGAUAUUGAUAGUGUAUCUAAUAAUGAAGAAAUAUUGAAAGAUAAACAUAAAUCUACAAAAAAAAAAUUACUUGAUAGUGAUAUAGAAGAUGAAUAUGAUGUUGAAAUUGAAAAUUAUAAAGAAGAUGAUGAUAGUGAUGAAAAUGAAGAAGAGGAUACUGAUAAUUAUGAUGAUGAUGAUGAUGAUGAUGAUGAUUUACUUCCUAUUGAAAAGGCAAAUAAAAAAUUAAAAAAGAAGCAAGAAAAAGAACAAAAAUUAGCAGAACAAGAGAUGUAUGAUAUGACCUUACAACAAUGUGUCUUUACUUUUCCUUCUGAAGAAGAACUUGCAGAUAUAACUAAUCUAAAAGAUGUGCAACAACGUAUAAAAGAUAUUGUUAUGAUAUUAUCUGAUUUUAAAAGAUUACGUGAUAUAAACAGAUCACGUUCUGAAUAUAUGAAUCUUCUUAGACGAGAUUUAUGUACAUACUAUAGUUAUAAUAAUUUCUUAAUGGAAAAAUUGAUGCAAAUAUUUUCAUUGGAUGAAUUAUUAGAAUUUUUGGAAGCAAGUGAAGUUCAAAGACCUAUGACAAUACGAACAAAUAUAUUGAAAACGCGUCGUCGUGAUUUAGCCGAGGCUUUAAUCAAUAGAGGAGUCAAUUUAGAUCCCAUUGGUAAAUGGACAAAAGUUGGAUUAGUAGUUUAUUCGUCGCAAGUUCCCAUGGGUGCGACACCAGAAUACCUAGCAGGACAUUAUAUUCUUCAAGGUGCAUCUAGUUUUUUACCUGUUAUGGCUUUAGAUCCUAAAGAAAAUGAAAAGAUUCUUGAUAUGUGUGCUGCACCAGGAGGAAAAUCAUCACACAUAGCAGCACUUAUGAAGAAUACAGGUGUACUUUUUUCAAAUGAUGUAAACGAAGAAAGAAUAAAGGCAGUUGUUGGCAAUUUUCACAGACUUGGUAUUACAAAUUCUGUAGUUUGCACUUACGAUGGACGAAAGUUACCAUCAGUAAUUAAAAAUUUUGAUAGAGUAUUAUUGGAUGCACCUUGUACUGGUACUGGUGUUGUUUCAAAAGAUCCAAGUGUUAAAACAAAUAAAGAUGAAAUAGAUAUACAACGUUGUUGUACAUUACAAAGGGAAUUACUUUUAGCAGCUAUAGAUUGUGCUAAUGCACGUUCAGAAUCUGGUGGAAUUAUUGUUUAUUCAACAUGUUCAAUUCUUCCAGAAGAAAACGAAUGGGUUAUCGAUUAUGCACUUAAAAAACGUGAUGUUAAAUUAAUAUCAACUGGAUUAGAAUUUGGUGCUGAAGGCUUUACAAGUUAUAGACAGUUUAGAUUUCAUCCUUCAUUAAAAUUAACUAAACGAUUUUAUCCUCAUAUACAUAAUAUGGAUGGAUUUUUUGUAGCAAAAUUAAAAAAAUUCUCCAAUAUUGUUCACAAAAAUAAAAAUAAAGAAGAUGAAUUUGAUUAA